AUGUUACAACCCAACCCAAAUCACACCACUGUGACAACACUUCAGGAUUUAGCUCCGAUUAUUCUUUCAACAGUUGAACAAUAUUUAAAUGAUGAACAACAACAAUCCUUGAAAAUUCUAAACUCGACGACACCAAAUGUAUUCCAGUCCAAAGUCAGAGCUCUCUAUUUGUUUGGAUCUCAAGUCUAUUUUGCAAAAGUAUAUCCCAAAUCUCAAAUGUCAUCAUUACCAUCUCAACAUUAUGUAUUGAAAUUACUCUCUCGUAAUCAGCAAGACAUAAUUGAAUAUAAUUUAACCAAUUCUGAUUUAGAUAUUAUUCUUGUUUGUGAUGAUUUAUAUUCAGAAAAUUUUGAUGAAGGUGGUCUCACUUCAAAUUUACAAUAUAAAUUAACAAUUUAUUUAAAUAUUAUUGAAGAAGAAAUGAUAAUACUACCAAAUGAAACUCUAGAACACCAUCAUAGAUAUCGUAUUCUUUCAUCAUCCGUGUACGACCAUUUAACACAACAACAAGAAGAACAACUUAUUGCUACCAAUUCACAACACAAACAAGAUCCACAAGUGAUCACUCCUCACACAAGUUUCAAAUUAGAAAUUGAACUCUCCCUUCUCAAUACUAAAUAUUUUCUUUCCUUUUUAAAUUAUCAUCAACCAAUACUGUUACAAUUUAUUACAUCAGAAACAAAUGAUGAUCAAUUUAUCAUUUAUGAAGAUUCAAUGAUGAAAUAUUGGAGACAACAUUGGUCCAAGUACUUGAUGAAAAUACCAAGAAUGAAGAAUUCAUUUGUUCAUGAAUUAAAUUUUUCAAUGAAUAAGGCAUUUAGAUUUUGGAAUUUAUAUGAUUCAAGUGUGAGAAAUGUGGAACAUUCACACAGUAUUAUGAAUAGUAAUAAUAAUAUUUUGAAUAAUACUACUACUACUAAUACUACUACUACUACUACUGACCAUAAUCAUAACAAGUGUAAUAAUGACAAUAAUAAUAAUAAUAAUACCAUGAGUGAUCAUCAAGAUUGUAAUCAUACCAUCACGAAUAAUAACCAUUCAUCAUCUUUCUUAAAAAAAGUGAAAAAGAAUAUCUGUCAUGGAUAUAGACUUUUGAGAUAUGCCUAUCAACUCAUUCAAUAUGGAUCUAUUCAAGAUUAUACUGAAUCUAAUUCAGAUUUCUAUGAAAUGGUAUUUCAUACGAGUCAACAUUAUACCACUUGGAAAGAAUAUGAAAAAACAUUUCAAAAAUUAUACAAUGAAUAUGAAGAACAAUUUGAAAAGUAUUGUAAUGAUUUGAUUCAUGAAAUGUCUGAAGAAUUAUUAAGAAUGGGUAAACAAUUUAAUACAAGUUUGUAUAAUAGAAACAAUUCAACAACAUGUAUUCCAAGCCAAGAUUUUUCAAGUGUGUAUUAUAGAAACGAUUUAACAAGACAAGAUUUAACAAGACAAGAUUUAACAAGACAAGAUUUAACAAGACAAGAUUUUCCAAGUAGAAGAAUGGAUGAACAGAAUUUAAUGACCACUUCCACUCCUCCUCAUCAAACAAGUCAUCCUUCCUCCAUCAUGACUCCACACCCCAUCAUUCAGUUUUUAAACAAGUUUGUACGACGAGGUCUUGAACAUUAUGAUUCAACAACAACAACCACUCGAAUGCUUAUUGCUUCCUCUACGACAUGUGAUCUUAAUUUUCAAAGAAUAACAACAACUCAACCUCUCCAAUCAUUGUCAUCAUCAUCUCCAUUCCAACUAUUCCCAUCAUUACAAGAUGUAUUUCUAUUAUCAAAUAUAUUUGGAUUAUCAGUCACACCCUUGUAUCGUGUACCAAUCAUCAUCACGAUGAAUUCAACCAACCAUUCUCCUCACAUUCUAAAAGAAUCAUUGAAUAUUCCAUCUCUACUCCUCUAUGAAUGUUCCAUUGAUGCACCAUUCUAUAAAAGUGAAAUUCCAUCUCUGUUCUAUAAGAAUAGUGAAUUAUUGAAAUGUCAUGGAAUGAUCAUUCAAUGUAUUUCAACAAUGAACACUACAACAACCACACCAACAACCACACCAACAACCACUUCGAGUACUUCUACUUCUACUCCUACUUCUACUUCUACUCCUACUUCUACUUCUAAUAUCAAUGAUCACAUUUCAAAUUCUUUUAAACUUCAAUCCCUCUCAAGACCAUUCAUGUUAGAUUUUAGAGAAAUUGAAAAAAGAGUAUCUUCUUGUGAUCAUUCCUGUAUAUUGAAUACUUUAUUUCAUAAUGAGAGUAUUGAUAGUAAUACGAACAAUAAUAAUAAUACGAACAAUAAUAAUAAUACUAACAAUACUAGUCAUGACAGUAGUACAACCCAUACUACUACUACUACUACUACAACAAAUCAUCCAUCUCAAUUUAUAUGUUUUAAAAAUCCAUAUGGAUUACAAGUGAAUUUAUUUAAACUUGAACAAGAAAUGAACGCACACUUCGAUCACUAUGCGUGUAUGAAUCAUGAAUAUUGUUGUGAAAAUGAACAUGAUCAUUGGAUCAUCUCAUGUCCCAUCUUGGAAAGACAACAAUGGGAAUAUUAUCCCUUAUUCUAUGAUGUUAUUAAACAUGAUAUGAAAAAUUGGAGAAGUUCAUUUUGGAAUGAUUUUCAAAGACUUUUUAUGAAAUUACCAAAUCAAGAGAGAGUAUACUCAGAGUACAAGCAAGUGACAUUUAUGUUUAAAUGGAAUCCACAAACUCAUGAAAUUAUUUAUAUUGGAAGUGUGAAUGUCAAGAAAUGUCUUGAAGAAAUGUUCAACGAUGGACCUUCUACUUGUUUCAACAUGAUGAAUGAUUCUAUUCGUAGUAGUAGUAAUAGUAAUAAUAGUACCAGUAGCACGAAUGAUAGUAAUGCCCAUGUCAUACCAUGUUCAUUAUUGAAUUAUGAUCGAAUGAAAGAAUUAUAUGGAUGGAAAGUCAUGGAAAGAGAAUAUCAUUUAGAUUCCAAUACAAUGUACACUCAUUCUAGCACUAUGAAUCACUCAAACCAUACAACAACAUCAUUGAUCAUUCACAACAUGAUUAGAAACAUGUUGAAAAAUGAUGAAAAAUGUCAACAAACACAAUGGUUGUAUGAAUUGAUGAAUGCUGUAAAUCAUUUAAAUCCCUAUGAAUAUGAAGGAUAUUUAUUAUUGAAAGUAGAAGAAGAAAUAUUAUUGAAAGUAGAAGAAGAAAUAUAUUUGACGAACGAUGAAAACAGUAUAUCAAUGGUAUCUGAUUCAUCAUUACCACACCUUCAUCAUACUCAACGUUGUUAUGUGAUUAAUUAUUCUUCAGAAUUGAGUGGUUUUGAAGUGAAAUGUCCAAUUCAUUAUCAUUUGAGUCGAUUGAGAAUCAAUAACAGAAAUUAUCCAGGAGCAUUUAUAUUGAAUGAAACGAUCAUUCAAGAUCCACCAGAUCAUUUGGUGAAAUCAGACAAAAUGGAUCAACAUGUAUUGGAAUGUGUGGUAUUGAGUUGGUCGUCUCUAAAUGAUCAUUGGAUCAUCAGUGAUGAUCUUAUCAUGCAAUUGAAUCCAAUAUUUAACAAGUCAUUUCAAAAUACUCAACGCAAAUACUUGCAAAUUUGUAAAGAAUUGAAUGAUUUUUAUAGAGACAAGUUAUGGAAUGAUCCCAAUAUUAGAAAUGAUGAUUUGAAAUUUUCUCAAAUAGCAUCCACCAUCACUCUUUCGAAUCAACGAAAAAUACCUACCAAGAUUGCAAGAGAGCUCAUGUUUCGAGUGAGAGCAUUUCAUCGCAUGCGUUGUGAUUCAUCAUCCAUGGAAUUACAUGAUGAUUGGAUGCAUCAAUUUUUCAAAACCUAUUGUUCUCUCUAUCAAGUAGUUCCCAAUGACAAGAAGUGUCGAGUGGAAAUUCAAACACUUAGCCUCUUGCUUUCAUUGAUCAACAACGAAUAA